AUGUUUGCUUUCGAUCUGAGGAACCAGAGCAUGCAGUGUACAGAGGCUGAGAUGGACUAUAAUGCACCAUGGAUGAAACUGGGGGAUGAGAUGUUUGUAUCUAUUGAUGGUAAAUGGGUAAAUGAGAUCUGCUGCCAGUCACCCUUUGCUCCCCACCAGAAAGUCUUUAGCAAGAAGGCACAGAGCGAGUGGAGCAUCCUGGAGGAGAACAGAGCGCUUUGGGAGGAAAACCAAGUCCUUCGGAUUGAAAACAGGAUGCUCUGGGAAGAAAAUAAGGCUCUACAAUGUCUCCAGUCACAGAGUGAAGCUCUCUGGGUUAUUUAUACUGAUGCCAUUCAGCAAAGCCUCCAGAAGGAAAACAAGCUGUUCCCAUUCUUCCAAGAGAGGAACAUAGGCUUUCAGGUCAGCCGAGGCAACAAAGAUCUCCAGGCGGUCCAGGAAAACAAUAGAGUCUUAGAGGAUUUCCAGCAGCAGGAUAAAACAUUCCCCAUCAUCUGGAAAGACCAAAAAGCCAUCACAGUCUGUGAAGAGAGCGAAGAUGCCAGCUCAGAUCUUCAGAAGGACACUGACACCAUCACAGCUGUGGAAGGAGGUAACCUUGGCCCAGGCCCCCAGCAGGGACAUAAAGCUAUAAAGAAGAGCACCACUCCAGCCCAGAAUAAGAUCAAGUCUGCCCUAAACACACAGGGUGAGUAUGAAAUCCUCCAGGCUCUCCAGGACUUAGACGAACUCCUCCACAUCUUCCUGAAAGUGAACCGGCUCCUUGGGAAGAAACAGGACUGUCACAUUCUCUGUGAUGUGAACAGAUCCUUCCAAGAAGAUUACAAUACACUGAAGCUGCAGCUGAAUGCUGUGAAAAACACUGUGUCAGACAUUAGGGCUCAAAUGGAAAUGUUGGAAAAGGAGCUAAUUGCCAUAACGUCCCCAAUGUAUGAAGAACCAGGACAGAAGCUGGCAACUGAGCAUCAGCUUGGAGAGAUGUGA